CCUAAAACUUGGUGAUGUGGCAGGUGAAUGCGCCUGUGUCAAACAGCACCCCCGCGUGGUCAUACCUAGACACUGCUCAUGGUCCACUCAGGUCCAAAGGGGGGCGAGAUUCCCUACUGCGGGGAACCAGCAUACCCGAGGCGGUGGACAAAGACCUGGUUAACAUCCAGAGGGAUAGGUCUAGUGUAGUCCGUUGUGUUAUGUUCUACUUUUGGAGAAUCAUCAACACGCAUGAGUCUGUGGGUACUCGUGGUGUGACAAAAAGGUUCGGCGGUACCCAAACCAAAAAAGGUUAAGCACUGGCUUAACAGGUUAUAAAUGCCACACACAAAAGGGAUGGUUUCAUUUUACUAAAGUAUCUUAAUAUUAAUAUAUUAUAUAAUAUUCAUGAACCGGCAUUGUCGUUGGAGUGAAGCCUAUUGGUAGUGGUGAUAUCCUGUAAGUCAUUUUUCAGGGUGGAAAUUUACAUUUUAAAAACGCGUUCAAAAAUUGACACGUUUCUAACGCUGCAAAAAUAACACAUAUUUUGUCAUCAGCAGAAUUUCCCGCUAACAAAAUGCUGCUUUGCUCUGACCGCAUUUUGUAUUAGCUUUAUCGACCCCGAGUGUCCACACUGUGUCCCUGCAAGUCUUCGUACGGGGUCUUCUGGCUAAUGUAUAUUAGUUAACCAUGGACCGUGAGGCUGUUUCCGCUUGACAGGAUUCGUUAAGACACCAGAAAAUGGCUUGUGAAGCUAAACGACCCAAGGUGGACAACGAUGCUUCCUUGCAGAACUUCCUCCGGUGGUGCGAUUGCGUCAGUCUAGUGCUCAGUAAGAAAGUUCAAGUGUGUAAGGGAGGCGUGGUGGCUGACUACGGGAUGGUAGCUCAGGAAGACAUCGGGGAAGGCGAGGUGUUGUUCACCAUCCCCAGAUCGGCUCUUCUUCACCAGGGCACGACACACGUUGCAGCCUUGCUGGAGCAAGAGAAGGACUCCCUGGAGAGCACAUCAGGGUGGGUGCCGCUCCUGCUGGCUCUGCUCUAUGAAUACACGACAACACAGUCCAAAUGGAAACCAUACCUGUCAUUAUGGACGGACUUCAAGAUGCUAGACCACCCCAUGUUCUGGUCCAAAGAGGAGCGAGAUUCAUUACUGCGAGGAACCGGCAUUCCAGAGGCGGUGGACAAAGACCUGGCUAACAUCAAGAGGGAAUACAGAGAUGUAGUCCUGCCCUUUAUUUCCAAGCAUCCUGACAUGUGGAACACCCGUACACACACUCUGGAGCUGUACACGCACCUUGUGGCUUUUGUCAUGGCGUACAGCUUCCAAGAGCCACAAGAAGAGGAUGAUGAUGAAGAUGAUGAGGAGGACUCACCCAAUCCACCCAUGAUGGUUCCCAUGGCCGAUAUGCUCAACCAUGUGUCCAAACACAAUGCCAAUCUGGAGUUCACGCCAGAUUCUUUGAAGAUGGUAUGCGUGCGCCCCAUCAAUAAAGGCGAGGAGGUGUUCAACACAUACGGGCAGAUGGCCAAUUGGCAGCUGCUGCACAUGUACGGCUUCACCCAGACGCACUCCGACAACGAUUCCGACACCGCCGACAUCCCCGUCGUCAACCUGUACAAAGCGGCCACAAAAGAGCCGGAUGGGGAUCAACAGCUGUUGGCAGAGAUGUGGGAGUUGCUCAGGGAUAAAGAAGCGUUUGUUUUCGGCAAAGACGGCUGCUUCACUCACUCUGAGCUACACAGUGUGCUCAAGGUGUUGUGCAUGUCCAGCGAAGAGUUCUUGGAGUUCAAAAACAAUGACGGAUGGGAGGACGACGAGGAUGAGGAUGAGACUAUUUCUCAGGUCUUCUCCAACGACGGGCUCUUGGAAUUAAAGAGCAAGUGGAGACGGCUCAUCCAUGAAGCGGCACGUUUGACCAUGAUGGGCUACCCCAACCUGGACGAGGACCAGGUCCUGAUGGAGGACCAGGCUUCGCUAGAGAGACUAAGCCGCAGGCAGAGAAAUGCACUUCUGGUCCGAUAUGGUCAGAAAAGCAUCCUGGACAAAGUCAUGAAGCUCACAAAGUCAUGAAUGUGGAACCCUUUCUUUCCUUCAUCAAUUAAAGUUUCAUCCCAAUGUAUAUGUAGGUUACUUGAUACAGUUUUACACCUGCCACAUGCAGAAAACCUAUUUCGUUAUUAAAGCCAUUUUAAAGAACAGUGGACCCA